AUGAAACGAAGGUGUGAAUCCAGCAUCCACGAACCUCUGAGGAAAUCGAAGUUGAGCUCGGAAACCGAAACUCCCGACGAAGCUCUGGUCUCGCUCGACUUGGAUCUCGGCUCCACGGAUGAUAUGCUCAUCGGGGGCAGUCUCUUGAUUAACAACUCGGGCGUCGUGGAUUCUGCCGCCGAACAGCCGCCCGAAGCUGAAGAUUCGGCGGAAAGUUCACCGCAGGGAGCCGUUGCCGCCGAAGGUCUCUCGGAACAAGUUGCCGAAGUCGGUAUGUCGAUAAUCGACGACGAAUGGGUCGAAGAAGGGGACGGCACUUGGCCUGAAGUGUGGACGCAGGACAUGUGGAUGGAUCGGCGGGCGAAGCACCAUUGGUUGUCAUCUAAGAAACGGAAACUAGGAUGCCGGUAUUGUUUCCGCGUCAAGUACAUGGGCUACCCCGUCGGGGACAACAUCGGAUUAUCCACGGAAUGGAUAAAUUACCUUAUAACUUGUAGCGGUGAGAGCCGGGAACAAAGACUGAAAUCUCUACGAAACAAGAUUCAGCGCCAUGAAGUUUCUAGAACGCACCUUCGGUCGGAAGCUCUGAUCAAGAACUACAAAGACUCGCCCCCAACUAGAUCCCUGAUGACCAACACAUUGAACAAGAACGUCCACAUGACGUCACAGAUUUUCCGUCACGUCUACGAGCUCGCUAAGCUCGACAUAAACUUCGACGUGUACCCAAGUCGUUUCAACGCUGUCCUGAGAGAGAAAAUCUAUCGAGAUUUCGCUUUCGUUCAAGACUUCGAUCCGAUCAAAGUCGUUCAGCACAUAGCGGAGGACUUGCGAUCGACGUUCGUCAAAGAGAUCACCGCGCAGGGAUUCCGAUUCUCGAUAAUCGUCGAUCAUGUCCAAGGCUGGUUGACAACAGCUGAGACCGUUUUCCUGAUCUACAUCCGUGCGAAGACGAACGACGGCCUCAGGAACCUGUUCUGGGAUGCUAUAUCGUAUUCCGAAAAUCAAAUGACCGAGACGAGUCCCUUGAGCGCGAUCACCCAAUCGCUUCUCGACGGCGGCUUCUCCCACGAGUUCCUCAACAACCAUCUGAUGUGUUUCGUGACGGAUCCGUUGGGCACGCACUUGGGGGCGGAGACGAGUCUGUGUCAUCAACUGGCGGUUUCAUUCGAAAAGAUUGUCAUCUGGUACGUCCUCGCUUACCGUCUGGAGCUCAUGGUGAUGACAGCGCUCCGAAACAACAACUCGGACAGCUACGUUUGUCAACUUUACGAGAUUCUUCAUUCGCUGACCCAACUGAGUGAGAGGAACGGCCAAGAACUCCUCAUCAACACACCCGAAGUUUAUGAGCAGCUGUCCCGGAUCGGUCCCGUGGUUCCGGCUCGAGAGGUCGCGUCGUCCUACAGAGCGAUCCAAGCCCUCACCGACGCCUACUCGAUACUUUUCGAGUAUCUCGUUCAAGCCGGUAACGACAUUACGCGCACUACGGAAGAGAAAGAGAAGUAUUCCUACGCGAAAACUCUAAUGGAGAGCGAGCAACUCGUGAGGGAGAUCGGAAUGGUGCAUGACGUGCUCAAGUUACUCUCGACGGUCAGGACCGACAUAGACAACGACUGCGAUAUCGCGCAUGCCGACUGCAUCCUCGUCAAAGCAAUGGAGGAUCUCGCUCAGUUGGCGAGCUGCGCCGGCGCAUUCGAAGUCGAGGUUCUGAACGAGUUGAGCUCCCGCUCAUUCAUGGGAGUCGCUCUCACGAACAGCUCUGAGCUCUGCAUGCCGGACCGCAACGCGUUCAUGGAACAGAUCGUGGCGCUUUCCAAGCAGAACAUGAUUUCGGUGUCUGGGCUUGGCGAGGACAUCGUGGAGAACUUCAUAAGCGACCUCUUCACGGUCAAUGUUUUCAACUGGCCUCCGAACCCGCCCGAGAAUUACGCGGACGAUGCCGUUCGACGACUCUGCACAGUUUUCGACAUCGCGGACGAAACCGGAGUCCGAAGCGCGUUCAGAGCCUAUAUCGAGAACGGGCGCAAAGCGGCUCCUGCCAACAUGGCGCUCCUUCAGACCUUCGCGAACGUUUUCCCGCAGUCUACCUCGCUCGUAUCUUCGACCGUGGCGAAGAUCAACAAGCUCACCCCCGUGAAGUCGCCAGACGCCAUAGGGAAACUGUCUGCCGCAUUAUUCCUGCACAUAAACGGCGGUUCCGCCGAGCAGUUCGAACCGUUGUCUCUGGUGCGGACCUGGUGCUCGAAAUACCCUCUGGUGGCGGACUCACGAGCCGCAAAAAGGAAGAAGCCCGAGCAGUCGGCAAAAUGGACUCCUGUUGAGGCAGCAACGAUUGCGCCUCCUUCGGUCGAGGUUUAUCCCAUCCCGGAAUGA